AUGUCGGAGUUGUAUUUUAAUGAUCGUCGCGUUGAUGGGAGGAAGACUUCCGAAUUGCGCGCUAUUCAAUGUGAAUUCCUACCUGGAUUGGCAGACGGUUCUGUUCUCCUACAACAAGGGAAUACGAAAGUAACUGCCUCAGUAUUCGGUCCUCACCCUUGCAACGCUAAACUUGAUGAAGUACCCGACGAGGUUUAUGUCACUUGUCAGUACAAUCGACCUCCCUUUGUUAACACCUCAGGCGACCGACAGAAGCACACCCAUUCCGAUAAAGUUGCGGCGGAAUACGCAAUGACUGUCGAGGAAGUCUUUUCAGCUCUGAUUCGUGGCUCACUUUACCCAACAGCUCAAAUAGAUAUAUUUAUUGAAGUUCUUCAAUCGGAUGGCUCAGAAUUCAGUACCGCAAUCAAUGCUGCCAGUCUAGCGUUAGUGGCCGCUGGAAUUGAGAUGAUUGGUUUCGCCGUUGCGUCAAACGUGGGCUUUUAUGGGUCGCGCUUGUUCGCCGACUUAUGUCGGUAUGAAGAGAACUCUCGCGUUACUCGGGUCACUGUCGUUUGCCUCUUUGGAGACACAGACCCGGGUUCAAAUACGCUGAUGGAGAAUCUCCCACCUCCUUCGUCGCAGCAGCUUUUUGGUGCCCGCCUCCUUCACACUCGGCUCUCGUCAUGGCUCCCAUCAGAAAAGCUCAUCGUUCUCAUUCGCGGUGGUGUCGAAGUGGCAAAGGUAAUUCAUGGCGAACUAGCCGAGAAUUUGAGGCGGUAUGUAAAGCUCUCUGAGCGCAUGUAG